AAAGAGAAAAAAAGGGGGAGAAAAUUUUUCUUGAAAAACUUUUUGAAAAAUUUCAAUCUCUCGCUCCGGUCAAACGCAUCGAAAAGAAAGAAUCAUAAAAGAUCGGGAUAAGAUGAAAACGUCAGUACCAAAGAUAUCAGCCAUGAUAACCUCCGCGAUCAGACAACUACGCCAAUCUCAAGGUUCGACGUCCAAGGAAAUCAUGAAUUAUAUAAUCUCCCGGUACAACUUGGAAUCUCCUAUACAGCGACAGAUGCAAGCCGCCCUGAAACGUGGCUUGAACAGCGGUAUAUUGGAUAAAAAUCGUGGCCAUUAUAAAUUGAACGGAAUAGCGGAAUACGUUUUGCAAAUAGGAAAAGAUGAGCUAGGAGAGAAACCCGGAAAGAGACGAGCUAAGAAACAACGUCGUAGAGAGAAGGUAAAGAAGAGAAAAUAUAGAAGUGUUCGAAGGAGCAAGGACAGAAGUAAUACUAGGAGCACGAUCGGGACAUCCGGGGAAAUGUGCAGGUGCAUUGCUAAGAGAGCAAAGAACGUGUACACUUUGGAAAGCGACAUUCCAGUCGAACGACAGGAACAACGUCAGAAAGAUGUUGUAUGUUGUUUCAAGAAGAACUGGAAGGAGAAAUGCGAUAACGAGAGUACCGAUCAAAGUCGAUCUACCCUUGGAAGUGAUCCAGGGUUUACCGACGAUCAAGAGAAGAUAUAA